UCUCUCUCUCUCUCUCUAUAUAUAUAUAUAUAUAUAUUGAUAUGGUAUGAAAGGGUGAUAAGAUUUGAAGUGUGAUAUAGUAAAAUGGGGAGGGGGAAAGUGGAGCUGAAGAGAAUAGAAAACCCAACAAGCAGGCAGGUGACCUUCUCGAAACGACGAAAUGGGCUCCUGAAGAAGGCUUUUGAGCUCUCCGUCUUAUGUGAUGCUGAAGUUGCAAUCAUCAUCUUGUCUCCCUCUGGCAAGAUCUACCAAUUUGCAAGCCAUGACAUAAACAGGACCAUUGCCAUGUAUAGAAAUCAAGUGGGUCUGCCUGAAUCAAACAACUCAAGCUUCAGACGGGCCAGAACCAUGGAGUUUAGGAGGAAUAAUGAAAAUGAAGAGCUAAGGAGAUCAAUAGCCAACUCGGAAAUGAGGCUGAAGAACUUGGCUGGGGAAGAGCUUGAUAUGCUAGGCAUGCAAGAGCUAAAACAGCUCGAGCGGCAGUUGAAAACUGGGGUUGAACGCAUCCGCUCUCAAAUAGGACGGGUCAUUUCUGAGAACAUCAGCUCGCUGAAAAGAAAGCAUAAAGCAAUGCAAGAAGAAAACAGUCGUCUGCAAAAAAGAUUCCAUGAGCUUCAUCAUUAUGCUGAUCACGCAAGCUCGAGCAUUUUGGGACCAAAUGCAUACAUGCAAUUCUUUCCAAGUGAAUUUUGAUAUUCAAGAU